AUGCUGCUGCCGUCCGGAACACUCGCGAUCAAGGUUCACGGCAUGGAUGCGUCGUUCGUGGAGAAGGAGGAGCUGGUCGGCAAGAAGCUGGCCUUGAAGAAGGAUGGCGCCGCCAUCGACGAAAACGUGAAGCUCAGCGUCAAGCGCGAAACGGUCGACAGCAAGCUCACCAUCGAGGUGCUGCAGGAGAGGCGUAAGGAGGCGCUCGUGGGCACGGCGCAGCUGCUCACCGAGUUCCUCAAGAGCAACCGUGAGCAAAACAUGACGUUCUCAUUCGGUCCCAAGGGUAUCAACACGGUGCUGCUCUACUUUCGCGUGAACUGGGAGCCCAGCGACACGGCUUUAACCGAAAAAGUGGACGUACACCGCCCGUGGCUCACACGCGCGUCCUACUACUACGACACGGCCAAGCGCAACAUGGUCAACACGGCCGUGGUAAAGGUGAGCGGCAUGUCGCUGCUCGAGAUCGACGAGGCCUGGGUGGGCCCGAGUCUCAACGUCCUGGACAACAAGGUGGAUGCCGGCAUCUCCAAGAUACUCACGGUGCUCUACUCGGGGCGGCAGUACGACGUCGCCGUUGAAAUGGCCACCAAGACCAAAAACUUCGUGACCGAGAAGGUCUCGACCGCCUUUUCGGUCGGCUACACAACGAUUGCCAGCGUGGCUGACUACACCAGAGACACGUUUAUUGCGUGA